AUGUGUGAAUGCCUUGACAUCAGUGUGUAUGCCGUCAGUGGUGAAGAAGUGGCAAGUCUGGAGAGGCUUCCUCUGGACCUGGGGCAGUGCAGCACCAGUAUAAAAGCCACCCCAGCUCUUCCCGGUCUCAUCCACUUCACUUCUCCUCUCUGCCUUCUCUCCCAGGUGCAGCUCCAGCCCCACAACAUGUCCUGCCAGCCCUGCUGCCAGCCCUGCCUGCCAUGCCAGCCCUGCGGCCCCACCCCGCUGGCCAACAGCUGCAAUGAGCCCUGUGUCAGGCAGUGCCAGGACUCCACCGUUGUCAUCGAGCCCUCCCCCGUGGUGGUGACCCUGCCCGGCCCCAUCCUCAGCUCCUUCCCACAGAACACCGUGGUGGGCUCCUCCACCUCCGCUGCCGUUGGCAGCAUCCUCAGCUCUCAGGGAGUGCCCAUCAGCUCCGGGGGCUUUAGCCUCUCGGGCAUUGGCAGCCGCUACUGUGGCAGAAUUUGCUAA